GACGCUAGCAAAGGCCCAACCAUGCAAGCCCAGCAGCUCCUGAAUCAGCUGCGCUUCCCCGAGCUGGAUGAGGUGCGGCAGUACCUGCGCAGCCUGUCCACACACACGUUGGUGGGUGUGGGGGCAUUCGCUGCUCUCACAACCUACUGGUACACCACCCGGCCCAAGGCCCUGAAGCCACCAUGCGACCUGAGAAUGCAGUCCGUCGAGGUUCCGGGAGGAGAGUAUGCCCGCCGGUCAGCGCUGAUGGACAGCGACAAACACAUGACCCACCUGUACAACGACGCCAAGACCAUGUAUGAGUUCUUCCUCAGGGGCGCACGGGUCUCCAACAAUGGUCCCUGUCUUGGAGCAAGACAACCAAGCCAGCCCUAUGAGUGGCUGUCAUACUCCGAGGUAGCAGAGAAGGCAGAGAACCUGGGCUCAGCGCUGCUCCACAGGGGACACACUAAAACCAAAGACCAGUUCAUUGGCAUCUUUGCUCAGAACCGACCAGAGUGGACCAUCGCUGAGCUGGCCUGCUAUACCUUCUCCCUGGUGGCUGUGCCCCUGUAUGACACUCUGGGCACUGAGGCCAUCGCCUAUGUCAUCGACAAGGCCACCAUUUCCAGCAUACUGUGUGACGUCCCUGAGAAGGCCAGGCUGGUCCUGGAGUGCGUCUCUGGCAGGGAGCACAGUGUCAGAACCAUCAUCCUCAUGGAGCCCUUUGAUGAUGAGCUGGUGGCCAAGGGGAAGGACUGUGGCAUCGACAUUCUCAGCCUGAGCCAAGUGGAGGCUAUCGGCAAGGCCCACCACCACCAACCAGUUCCUCCCAGUCCUGAAGACAUGGCUGUCGUCUGCUUCACCAGUGGAACCACAGGGAACCCAAAGGGAGCCAUGCUGACACAUGGGAAUGUUGCUUCCAACUGCUCUGCCUUCAUCAAAGUCAUUGAGGAUCACCUCAUAUUAGACCACCACGAUGUUCAUAUAUCCUACCUGCCCCUUGCUCAUAUGUUCGAGAGGGUUGUAGAGGGAGUCAUUCUGGUGCAUGGGGGGAGGAUUGGUUUCUUCCAGGGAGACAUCCGCCUGCUGAUGGAUGACCUCACCACCCUGAGGCCUACAGUGUUUCCUAUGGUGCCACGCCUCCUCAACAGGAUGUUCGACAAGAUCUAUGGGCAGGCUAACAACUCUCUGAAGAGGUGGGUGCUGGACUUUGCCUUUAAAAGGAAAGAGGCUGAGCUGCUGAGUGGCAUCAUUAGGAGGGACAGCAUCUGGGACAAACUCAUCUUUAGGAAAGUGCAGGCCAGUCUGGGAGGACGGGUGCGUCUGAUGAUAACAGGUGCUGCCCCCGUGUCUGCCACGGUGCUGACGUUCCUGCGAGCCGCGCUGGGCUGCCAAUUGUAUGAGGGGUAUGGACAGACUGAAUGCACAGCGGGCUGCACACUGACAGUACCAGGGGAUUGGACAGCAGGUCAUGUUGGAGCGCCCCUGCCAUGUAACUCGGUGAAGCUGGUGGAUGUGGCUGAGAUGAACUACCUGGCUGCCAAUGGAGAGGGAGAGGUGUGUGUGAAAGGAGUUAACGUGUUUCUGGGCUACUUGAAAGACCCCGAGAAGACGGAGGAGACCAUUGAUGCUAACGGCUGGGUCCACACAGGGGACAUUGGCAAGUGGUUACCGAACGGAACUUUGAAAAUUGUGGACAGGAAGAAGCACAUCUUCAAGCUGGCCCAGGGAGAGUACAUUGCACCGGAGAAGAUUGAGAAUAUCUACACCAGGAGUGACGCAGUGGCACAGGUCUUUGUGCACGGGGACAGCCUACAGGCAUGCCUAGUAGCCAUCAUUGUGCCAGAUCCUGACUUCCUUCCUGGCUGGGCCAAGAAGAGAGGACUGGAGGGAUCCUACGGAGACCUAUGCAACAACAUGGAUGUAAAGAAGGCCAUCUUGGAAGACAUCUUGAAACUAGGAAAAGACAGUGGUCUGAAAUCUUUUGAGCAGGUGAAGGACAUCACCCUGUUCACAGAGAUGUUCUCUAUCCAAAAUGGACUUCUCACUCCCACCCUGAAAGCCAAGAGAGCAGAACUCAGGAACUACUUCAGGGAGCAGAUCGACAAACUGUACUCCAAGAUCAAGAUGUGAACAGUGGGAGAACGGAAGCUAUUGCAGAAUGAAGCAUCAGCAUCAAAUGAAGUAGUGGUUUGUGCUGAGUUCUCAGGCAUCUCCUCCUUUUGGACUGCAACUCUCAGGGCUACAUGUUCUCACUUUCCAGAACACCCUCCAACACAAACACUAAAGCCUAAAUGUGAUUUUAUUUUUUCUUAGAUAUAUUUAGAUAUCUAUCUAUAUAGGGAAUGUGUUUUUGUUUGCACUGUUCUUCAGUGGUUCAAUGAUGUGAAAGCUUGAGAUCGAGAACCAUGAUUGUGAAAAUGUUCAAUGUAAUCUUGGGAAGGACUAUAGCAUCUUAUUAAUUUCAUUCAACACCAUUACUUUAGAUAUAUUUGAAUUUAGACUUUCUACAGACAAUCUUUGUAAGGUAUACAAUAUGUGUAAAUUAUUUGUGUGGGGAAAAGUCAUUCAAAUCAAUUACUUUAUUGAAUUGUUAGCUGUUUUUAUUAGGUUGUGGUGUUAUUUGAUUAAUGUGCACAACUUGUUUCACAUGUGUAAUCAGAUGGUAUGUGAUUUACAGUUUUCUAUCAAUUUGGCACAUUUCUUAGAUGUAAGUGGUCUAUUUUCAAAACUCUAAACUGAUAACACUUGUAAUGCCACCUAUCUUAUGUUCAGAACCUUUGAUUUAGCAUUGGGGUUUCACACAUCUUUCACCACUGACUCAUUUAUGCAAAAUCAAAGUUUUCCAUUAAAUAGUAUGAGCACAUUUAGUUUAGUCCCCAAUACAAUAGAUAAUGAUAUACUCACAAUUUAAUCAUUUUAACUAUCAUUUCAUUAAAUGGCAAAAAAUACAAGAUGCACAUUUCUAGUUCUAACCAGUUAUCAAACUAUAUAUGUUAACUACACAUUUUUGGUUCAGUAGUUUGUGAUCGUUUUGUUAACAAAUGACAAAAUUAUAUCUAAAGUGAAUAUUGCAUUUUGAAAAGCAGAUGCAUAGAUUGAAUAUGUAUCUGAAUUGAAAGACUGAUUUGGUGCAGUGAACAAGUGAUUUUGGUAAUGUUUAUUCUACUCAGUCGAAAAUGUUCUUAGAGUUUUCAAGACGUACCACAUACUUGUGAAAAUUGCACGAGUGAUAAAAAAAAUAGUGUCGCAAAUAUGACAUAUUGCAUAGUUGAAACUUGGCGUUGAUGUGUUAUUUCGACUACUAUGUUGUCUUGGAUUUGUUUUGUAAAAAAUAAAUACAGAUUUUCGGAG